AUGCCGGAAAAGGCGGUUGACCUCGAGCUUGUCGGCCUCACCAUUCUCGCUAUCCUCUCACCGAUCGUCUGCGUCUUCUUGAUCAAAGGCUGCUGUGGAACACUUUUCAUCACUUUUCUGUUGACCGCACUAAUGGUUUUUCCCGGCAUCUGGCACGCUCUCUACAUCGUCAGCAAGCAUCACAAGAGACAGCAGGCAGACAGGGCCACCAGCAGCGUGCAGGUCAUCCAGACCGUCCCUCAGAACUCCGGCUCCGGCAUGACUCCUGCUCCAAUGGUCCGCGUCAUUACAUCUCCACCCGCAAACCAGACCAUCCAACCCGCACCUGCCACUCAGACCUCAACUCAGACCAUUCAAGCUGCUCCUUCACCCGUUGAGCAGGUUGUCGUUACAGCACCAGUCGUUCCGAUCCCUGCCCCACGUUGA